GCAAUGGAGUCCACACGGGGACUAAACACUUUGUUUCAGGAGAAUCUGCAUUCAUUUCAUUUCAGUAGAAAAGUGGUGAAAAUGAUCUUUGUUUUUCUCACAUUGACUGCAUUCCUUGUGUCUGGUGUUUUUGGUGUUGGAUCAGAUGAUGUGUCAGUGUCAAUGAAGGAGGAAGAUUUAGUCACUAUACACACCGAUGUUAAAAACCAGCAAGAAGAAAUUAUAUGGUAUAUUAAUGACAUUCAGAUCUCUAACUGGAUCUCUGACCAUCAUGAACACCACAAACACAGACUCUGGAGAAUAUAAACUAAAGAUCAUCCAUAAAAGCAGCAUCAGUGAAAAGAUCUUCAGUGUUGCUGUUCAUGAUGAGUGUUUAAUAACAGACUGAAGCUGGAUCAUCAGACUGGAUCUCUGACCAUCACAAACCAGAACCACAGACUCUGGAGAAUAUAGACUACAGAUCAUCAUCAGCAGAUUCAGCAUCAUAAAGAGAUUCAGUGUCAACUCAACUGUCACUGGUGGGUAUAAUUUAUUCAUUCAGUGCAUUUUCCUUUCAGCAAUUGUAAAAUACAAUAAAAUGUUUUAUAUAAACCCAAAAUAGCUUUGACUCAAUAUUAAAAUUAUAUACUGAUUAAAUAAUGUCCACAUGCACAUCAGAAGACACAGUUUUCAAAUUGAAUUCUAGUUUAGGUUUUAUUGUGGAUUUCUGUCAGUAUUUUGUCUUUAAGUGUUUAUGUGCUGACAAACUGCCUGGGAGCUCCUCAGUGGUGAAACUCCUCCUCCUUCAAUCAGUGGUGAACCAGGUGGAACAAAUCUUCCAGGUAAUCUGAGCGUGCCAGUACCUGGAUCUGUUGUCUUUAGACCACAGUCAAAGGAGCAUUUAAGGCACCACAAGACCAUGGAAACCAUCUUUGUCAUCCAGGGGACUGUGCAAGACCAAGCCUUCCACAAUACUGUGAAGGACAGCCGGUUUUUCACCUGUUUACUGCUAUCAAGGAAUGGUUCAAGUCUGUCUCCAGGUGCUGUAGCAGGAAUAUGUGCCGGUUUUCUGUUGAUAAUGGCUGCAGUUAUUAGUGCUUAUUUGAUUUCUUCUCCCAAGAGUCAAAAUGGUGGGAAAGGACAAUGGUACAUCUGCUCAUCAAACUGAUGCUUUUUUUAUGUCAUGUAGUUAAAUUGGAGGAAGGUAAAGGCUAUUCUUGAUACUAGUGCUCCAGUAGUAUGUUAAGUGUAUAAAUCUUUUGAAGAAGAUCUGAUAUUAAAGUGAUGUAUUACUUUUAUAGUGGGAACAAUGUGUGUUCUAAAUAUUUUGGGAAAAGCUACUGACUUGCUAAAUUGCUUUAUGGUUUAUCAAUGGAUAACUUAAAAAGUGGUCACUGUCAUAAUAACCAGAAUAUGAAUUGUAAUCUUGAUGAUUGACAAAGCAAACAUCACAGUUCAAAAUGAUUUACAUCUGCUUACUUUUCUGAGCAGGAGCAUUUGUGCAUGGAUGCGUGGAUCCUUUUUUUAAUGUACAAUCUUUUUUUUUUUUCUUUUUUUUUUUUUUAUUGCUCAAUUAUUUUUUUUAUUUUUUUUAAUGAUGCAGUAUAAUAUUGACAUCAGUUGUAAUGGGUACUAGAGUCCAAAUUCAAAACGUUGUUGAGUUAUUUCUACAUCCCCUUGGCUCUGUCUCAGACUCGAUGGUUAUGCGGGUUGCCAGAUUGAGGACAUGCAACAGGAACAAGCACUAUUUACAAUGUAAAGCGGUGGGCCUUACACUGUACAAGUAUCAGCUAAAGAGUACGCUUGCAAUGUUUACAUUGCCAAUGAUUUUUAAGUCGUUAUUAUCUGAAAUCUGCAUGAUUUACAGUUGGCUGUGUCUUUUUCUUUUUUUUUUUUUUCUUUUUUUUUAUAUAUAUAAAUGACUGACUGACCAUCAAAAUCAGGAUAUGAUCUUAAUAAAAUAAUAAUAAUACAUAAAUGAAACAUAGGGAUAUGCAUAGAUUGAAUUAUUUACUUUAAAAUGAUUUCUAGACCUCAUUAAUAUCCCUUAUACAUCACAUAUUAAUGGUAAUGCUGAGUAAGCAAUUGUUACAUUACAAGCAUGGUUUAUUCUGUGGGAAUAUGAUCUAUUCCUCUGUUGGUAAAAUGAUGUUAUAUUUUCAUUUCUGAGGGUGUUUAUAGCUGCUUUCGUUCCAUUGCUUUGUACAUGGCUAAAAUGAAAUGAAGUAAUUAAAUUAUUAAUCAAUUCAUCUCUCUUGCUGAGGAGAACUUCAGCUACUUGACCAAAAGCAUGAAUUUCAAUUAAGAGAAAAAAAGUCCUGUAGAUGCAAAUUGUUUUCCGUGAUUAUCCAGAAAUGAAGAGACGGACAGCUCCACCCACUGACGACUGCAGACUGUUUACUUCCACUUUUAUGGAAAUGGAGUCGACACAGGGACUAAAAACUUUUGUUUUAACAUAAUUUAAUGUAAUUGUCUUAAAGUGUUAAAAAUGAUUUUCUUAAUUUUACUCACAUUGACUGAAUUCUUUGUGUCUGGUGUUUUUGGUGUGGAUACAGACAAAGUGACCAUGAUGAAGGGAGAUUCAGUCACUCUACAGACCGGUGUUAAAAUAAUCCACCUAGAAGAUAUUAAAUGGUAUUUUAAUAACACCCGCAUAGCACAAAUCAAUGGAGAUCAGAGUUAUAACUGUACAGAUGUUCAAUGUAAUGAAGAUACUGAGAGAUUCAGAGACAGACUGAAGCUGGAUCAUCAGACUGGAUCUCUGACCAUCAUGAACAUCACAAACACUGACUCUGGAGAUUAUGAGCUAAAGAUCAUCAGCAGCAGCAGAAUCAGUGAAAAGAUCUUCAGUGUUACUGUUCUUGAUGUUCCUGCUGCUGAACGAGAUGAAACGAAGAGAAAGUCAGUGAAGGAGGGAGAAUCUGUCACUUUAUAUCCUGGUGUAAUGAACAACACAAAUGAUUUGAUGACUUGGUAUUUUAAUAACACUCUCAUCGCCGAAAUCACUGAAGAUCAGAGUAAGAUCUGUUCAGAUGUUCAGUGUAAAGAGAGAUUCAGAAACAGACUGAAGCUGGAUCAUCAGACUGAAUCUCUGAUCAUCAGAGACACCAGAACCACAGACUCUGGAGAAUAUAAACUGAAGAUCAGCAGCAUCAGCAUCAUUAAAUGGAAAACAUUUAUUGUUUCUGUCUUUGAUGUUGCUCUGUCUUCGGCUGCUGUAGCAGGAAUAUGUGUUUGUGUUCUGCUGCUUGUUGCUGCAGCCGCUGGUGUGAUCUACUACUGCAGACUUCAAACUUAAAUAAGGGACAGCAGGAGGCCGUGCAGAGUUCAGGGAACUCUUUUUCAAAAGACUCAUUCCCCAAAUCUGUCUGACAAGCUGGACACUACCAACAAGAUGUCAACUGACUGGAAUAAGACUGAGGCUGCUAAUCAGACACCAAUGUAACAUCAUUCAAUAUUUUGACAAAAACAAGAAUCUCUGUAGCACUUCUUGCUCGAACAAGAAUGAGUGAAUUACAUAAUAUUAUUACGAAAAAUUAAAUAAGUCACCUCUGUCUUGAAAGGGGCAAUGAAAAAAAAACAAAAAACAGUAAGACAUAUAGAGAAGAGAAAUCAUUCAAAUUCUACUCAACGUCUCAGCAAAAACUGAAUUAUUAUAAUUCUUUGUUACUAAUUUACAUUAAAAAAACUUUAAUUCAUAUAAACACCAUACUUCAAUCAAACUGAUGCAAUUAUGCUGAUAAACAUAGUAACCGACCACAGGAAUAUAUGUGGCCUUUGCUGAUUUUAAACACAACAAACAGGCAUGUAAACACUAACACUUCACUCUGACCACAGUGUACAUGGGUUACUGACCUACACAUGGAUGCAGAUUCAUAAACAGGAAAGAAAGGCCCUGUCCCAAAUGGUACACUUUAUUUGCACUUAGAUGCAUUACACUGAAUAUUAUUUUGUGCAUUUAAAAAAAAAAAAAUGCUUUCAUAAACACUUCAUCCAAAUGGAGAUGUUCUUGGCAUUGCUUUAAAUCUGCUGGAUCCUAAGUGGAUCCUAAGAAAAUAACUAAGUUCUGCUAAACAUUUACUCUUUGCAUUUUUGCACCCACAAACUAGUCAACAUUACUGUUACUAAAUGUUUGCUAAGAAGUAUUUCCUACAAAAGCAUGGUGGUGUUUGACUCUGAACAAGCCUAUCUCUACCUGAGCAAAGACAACAUUUUUUAGGUAUUGUUGAUGGUUUCCGCUAACACUUUAUCAACAAAUUAUUUCAUUAAUUUAUCAAUAAUAAAUAACUACAGGAUAACGACUAUAAAAAUUACUUACUAUUUACUAACAAGAAACUCAAAUUACUAGCAUUCAGUUGGUCAUGAUUAUUCACUUAAUAAUUAGAAAUUAGAAAUCAGUUAAUGUGUUUGCUUGAACUAUGUAAAACUGAAUCAUAAAGAAAUCUGAAAAUGUGAAAAUAAAUGUGAAAUUUCAUGAAGUGACGAUUGCUUUAUAAUGCUUCGUGGUGUUUCAUCUCGAUAAGUUUGUAUUCUUGAAUAUUAAGACUUGCCAUUACUGCUUUGUCUUUAUUUGGUAAGAUCAUAUGCUUUCA